AUGUCGCGCCCUCUGAAGCAUAGAGAUAUAGCCUGCGCUCGCUGUUUCCAACACAAACGGAAAUGUGACCAUGCGAAACCCUCAUGCGGCGAGUGUCGUCGCAAAGGAGCUGAAUGCUUGCCCGCUCGGUCUCGGAAAUCAGGCGAUACCAUCACAAUCCCGCUGGAGUACUUGAAACAACUUGAAAAGCGAGUUGCGGACCUGGGGCGUCGGUCCAGCACCGCUGAAACGGUGACCGAAACUUGUGACGUCGGUGUGCAGACCGAUUUCGAAGACGCAGACCAGUACAAUGACCCACGCAACAGUUCGAGGCCCCUGAUCGUGGACCAAAAUACAAGGAGCGGAAUAGAUGAUCACAAUUCUCUUAUGCUCUUACCUGGGCUGCAAAAUCCGAGUCAAAGAUCUCCACGAACACCUUUAUCAUCCUUCUCGCAUGACUCAUUUUCGUUAUUUCCCGAAACAACCUUCGAAUUUCCAUGGAUGGACAUGUCACUUUCAAUUCCUCUGACCGGCGACGAUUCCCCGUGGCUUAAAGAGCUCUAUACAAACGCUUACUUCUCCGUCACUCAUCGCGAAUGGCCCUUUUUGAACGAAGUAGCUUGGAGAUCAUGGUAUGCCGAACCGAUCCUAGAUGGACAAGAUGAAUGGAAGGCCUUCUUUCUGCAGAUGGUAUAUGCCAUUGGUGCAUUGCUGUGCAAUAUCAUACAGCGGGACUCCUCGCACUCGGUCCGGGCAAAGGAGUUCUAUACCUCUGCCAUGAGAUACUAUCCAUAUGUUGUUGCGCAUUCAUCCAUGGUACUCCAAAUUCAAGCUUCGCUGUUUAUGAUACUCUAUGCGAUGCAUUCCCCCUCUUCCGAGGAAAUCACAACAAGCGUUUCUUCUGUGGUACCUUUCUGCACAGCUGCAAUGACAGAGAUCCGGAAGCAUGUGUCGAUAUGUCGUGACAAUGGGUCGAUGACUGAAUCUGGAGAAGUUUUGUCGGAGAAUAUGUUCAUCACUUGCUACAUGCUCAAUGAAAUCAUUGUCUCGGGGUGGGAUAGGCCAGUAUCAGCUGCUUACAAGGUCAUUGACGAUGAUAUGUGUACUCUGGGAGAUACCCUCCAACCAACACUCAGUACGAACCCUGCUAUAAGUCACCUGUUCCGGUUGCGCAAAAUUCAAGCCAAUAUCAGAAGAUCGCGAGAAAACCGGUCCCAAAACCCUUCCAGAUAUGGCAAAAGCUACAGCUCUUUAUUCAAGUCCGCUUUGGAUAGGUGGCGACAAGAGAUUCCAAGUUAUGAAUCAGAUAAUGACCAAUAUGGCUAUCUCCAUCCUAUAUGGAUGCGAAAGCUGUAUGUCUACAGUCUGUUGAUUUUGAUUGAAGAAAAGCAAGACUUUAUAGAGAUGGAUGGGACGGAAGAUAUUCUCGCGACAAUUGCGGAGGCCUGCCAUAACUUCCGGUUGUUGCAGGAAGAAGGACAUGUAAUGUGUUAUACGUGGUCUGCACUUGUGUUUCAAUUUCGAGCAGGAAUCAUGAUGCUCUACAUUGUCUGGGCGACAACACCUAUGACCGAUAUUAGAGAUCAACAGCGGAUUAGACAGAAUACCCAACAAGGCGUUGCCACGUGUGCGGCGAAUCUGGCUGGGUUUGUUGACCGGUGGAAAGAUGCGAUGCCGUACAAGAAUGUGCUUGAAUUCCUACAUCAGAAGAUUAUGUGGAAUACUGGGACGUUUGGCAUUGGAAAUGGUGCUCCGCUGUUUCUGGAAGAUGCAAAGCUGCACUUAGAGCAGUUGAAGAAGAAUUAUUUGCAUCGAGCUGUCCUGGGGAUGAUUGAAGAUAUGAUGUAUGGAGGGAGUAUAUAG